GGGACGACCAAAACCUGGGGACAAAUAAAAAAAAUGUGGGAGUGCAAAAAAAUAAAAAACCUUUCUAUUGUAUCUUUGUUGAGCAAAUGACUAAAGUUUCACCUAGUACUUCCAAGAAAGUCCACAGAGGACCUUCCGGUCUUUUGAAGGCUUAUUUGAUCGCAUACAAUGUCGGCUCCUUGGCUGGUUGGGGUUAUGUGCUUUUGUUGGCCAUCCAACAACUCUUCAAGGCCCAGGACUAUACCAAUGUCUUUGAGGCUACUUGGCCUGUCUUGAUUGUUGUUCAAUCAACUGCUUUAUUCGAGAUUUUACACGCUUUGUUAGGCUGGGUAAGAACCCCCAUCAUGACCACAAUUAUGCAAGUUGCUUCCCGAAUUUUCUUGAUUUGGGCUGUCAAUUAUCCUUUCCCUCAAAUCCAUUCUCAUUGGUCUUACACCACAAUGAUUGUUUCAUGGUGUAUCGCUGAAGUUGUGCGUUAUUCCUACUAUGCCACCAACUUGGCUUCUUCCGUCCCAUCUUUCAUUACCUGGGCUCGUUAUACUUUCUUCUUGGUCUUGUAUCCUACCGGUAUCUCUUCUGAAUUAAUGAUGACUUAUCAAUCCUUGCCUUAUGUCAAGGCUCAAUGGGGAGAACUCUAUUACUACUUAUAUAUUGCUAUUCUUGCUUUAUACUUGCCAGGCGCCCCUGUUCUUUUCAACCACAUGAGAGUUCAACGCAACAAGUACCUUAAAGAAUCAUCUGCCAAGAAAGCACAAUAGAUUGCAAAAAUAAACUUUUUUAAACGUAAAAG